CAUGACUCUCAGGGAGAAGGCAGGAGGAGCAGCAGAGACCUUCUCAUUCAGCUAUCUGACCAUCUUUCUUUCAGAGCUACCAAAACUGGAACAGAAUCUAAAUGUGAUCGACCAGCAUGACUGCACAACGGAUAAUAUGCCACUCACUGGUUGUCUUUUGUGUUGUCUGGAUUUCCUUAGGUGAACCACAGAUCAAAGGCAAAGUCUUCAACAAUAAAUUGGAGGUCAGAAGAAAUCCACAAGAAGAAUGUGUGGGUAAUUGUCGUGCUGGUGGACAGGAAUGCAGCGAGCCCUGCAAGAACCCCUUCCACGGAAACAAGACUUUUGUUUGCCUGGCAGGACAGUGGCAGAAGUCGACAGAGACGUGUUCCAGUCUGGAUGUCCAAUCCCUCCUCCAGAGGAUCUCCAAGCCACGGAUUGUUGCUGGAAAACCAGAAUAUGAGAUGCAUCACUAUUCGAGCCAUAGUUCUACAACCAGAGGAGAAGAGUGGCCGUGUCCCAUGGACUUCUCUUGCAUAAUCCAGGACAUCCUCUCUGCUCCACCUGUUGCAGGAAACAUUGUUGACAUUGUGAAGCUGCUAAGAAGCAUUUCCAUAAAUUUAUCUACAAAUGUCACCAUUGAGAAAUUAAUGAGCUUCAGCAAAAUGGCUGACCGCAUUCUCAACGGCUCCCUCCUUCCAGACUGGGCUUUCAUUAGCGAAAAAAACGCCAGCUGUGUUUUGCUCGAAUCUGUGAUUUCGUUUGCUGGGAAACUGCGCGUCCCUCAGAAUGUAUCCAAUAGUUUCAUUGCGACCAAGUGCGCCAGAAUCAAUAAAAACACUCUGGAGAAGAGCUUUACGUUUUCCUUGGGGUUUAACAAUUCAAAGAGUAACAUCAACGGGACAGUCUCGCUUCCCCCGGAAGGACUCCGGCUCUUGUCUUCAGAUUCUCAAGCGAUCAGCGUUGCCUUGCCAACUCUUGGGCCUAUUAUAGAAACAACCCUCUUGAAAAAUAUCUCUGUGAACGGAAUGGUAUUGUCAGUAACGUUGCCAGAGGUACUUAAGGAAGUUUCCCUCAGGUUUGAAAAAAUGAAUAAAACAGAAAACCUGAAAUCCCAGUGUGUUGCCUGGCACUCGAAGAAUCAAAAAUGGGACGGAACUGCCUGCGACCUGCAAGAAGAGAGUUCUGCCGUUGCCAUCUGCCGCUGCAAACACCAGCCCUUCCUCUUCCAAUCGUUUUCGAUUCUCAUGUCCCAAAAUGGCGUUAAGAAUGCAGCCUUGCACACCAUUACUUGUGUGGGCUUAGUUGUCUCCAUCUGCAGCUUGGUUUUGUGCCUGGCCAUUGAGAUGGUCGUCUGGCAUCAGAUUACCCAAACCCAAAUAUCCUACAUGCGCCACAUCUGCCUGGUGAACAUAGCGGUGUCCCUGCUAGUCGCAGAUGUUCUAUUCAUUGUAGCAGCCUUUGUGAACAACAUGCCUAGAAACCACAAUACGUGUGUUGCCGCCACAUUUUUUGUACACUUCUUCUACCUUGCCUUGUUUUUCUGGAUGCUGGCAUUGGGACUCUUGAUCUUGUAUGGCCUCUUAGUCAUUUUCUGGCACCUGAGAAAGUCUACUUUGUUGGUGGCCGCUUUCGGCAUUGGGUACGGCUGCCCUUUGGUAAUCGCGCUUCUCACUGUAAUGAUCACCGAACCGAGGAAAGGCUACCUGAGAGAGGGUGCCUGCUGGCUGAACUGGCAUCACACCAAAGCCCUCUUGGCCUUCAUAAUACCAGCCCUCCUGAUCAUUGGCAUCAAUCUGAUUGUGGUGUUGGUUGUCAUUGCCAGAUCGGGAAGAUCUUCUGUCGGGAACCGCUCAAAGCCACAGGACUUGGUUACAGUGAUCAGAGUGAGCAAAAAUGUGGCACUCCUGACCCCGUUGCUAGGACUCACCUGGGGAUUUGGGCUGGCAACGGUUGUUAACGAUGCAUCUUUGGCGCUCCAUGUUACAUUUUCACUGCUUAAUGCGUUCCAGGGCUUUUUUAUCUUGCUGUUUGGGACGCUUCUGGACAGGAAGACAAGAGAAAGUUUACGGAUGAAGUUCUUCCCCUCAAAGAUUCCAUCACCUGAUACCACAUGUGGUCACCUGAAAUAAUCUAUGAAAUCUAAAAUGCUUCCACACCAAGGAAAAUAUGAGCACCGUGCCAUACAGAAUCAACGUGUCGCUCCAUUUUCAUUUUGCCGGUGCGUCUCCUCCUACUCCCUCAGUGUCCACCUUGUGGCCGGAGUAAAGAGGAGCAGUUGAGGACACACAGUGAACCUGAGGAAUGCUGGAGGUGGAAGAGGGUGGAUAGCAGGGUCUGAUGAAGGCAUUGCAAAGCGUGGAAGGGGAGAGCAGCCCGGGUGGAAGCCUGUGGAGGCAGCGGAACCAACUAGCAUCAAGGCUGAGUUACUCAAGGAGAAGGAAACAUUGGUGCUCUUAGGGGAUUUCACACCUGUUAGGUGUGAUUGUCUAGCCUCAGAACGAGGCUGUUUCAAGGUGCUUCUGUUAAAUAUUUAGUCAUACCCAUCACUUCCUGCGAGGUCCUGUGCUGCUUUGAGAUGAAACCAAGUCAAGCCCUUGGGGUGGGAGGUGGGAGGCCUGGCACUUACAUUGGUAGCGUUUGCGCAUGGACAUAGCAUGCAUGCACUCCCAGACGGCGUGAUAAUGUCACUUCCAGGAAGUGACAUCAUCAUGCAGGGCCUCGUGCCACCCCAGGGAACACUCCCAUGCCCUGCAGUGGGCCAAUUUGGCCCCCAUUUUUUCCCCAAUUCACUGGAAGACAUCAGUGGGCCAAAUUGGGUCUGUUUGGGGCCUAAAUUGGCCCACUGUGAAGCGCAGCAGCCCUCCAGGGCCCUCCUGGCAGUGCUCCCAGAACGCAAGAGUGCUGCUGCGAUGUCACAACAGACCCUGGAGUGCUUCCGCACUUCGCAGCAGGCCGAUUUCAGUCCCAAACGGGCCCAAUUUGGCCUGCUGUCAGGAGGGCCCUGAAGAGAGCUCCUGUGCUUAACCGCAGGCCAAUUUAGGUCCCAAACUCGUUUGGGGCCCAAAUCCAGCCCGGUGUGGAACGUGGGUGCACACCGCCCCGCCCAGGAGUGCACCACAGGAGGCGUUCCCCCUCCUUUCCCCCUGCCUUCCAGGUAAGCAGGGGCAGGUGGUGGGUGGAGAGUGGGAGCGGGGGGACUGACAACCUUACCUUGGGGCAUUUCUGCAGGGGCUUUGCUUAGCCCUGGCAGCUGCUGGUGAGUGGAAACGAGCCAAGCCGUUGUAGUGCAUUGAUGCCCUCCUCGUGGUGCCGCCCCAAGCAGUUUCCUGGGUGACUUGACCUUUGAACUGGCCCUGCCUUAGUAUCGCUAAGAUUAUUGUUUCAUUCAUGCUGAAAUGUAAAAAAAGUUCUCAAGUAUUUGAGUCUGGGCAUGCAUCUGCUCAACUGCAAUAAAUUUUUCUGU